AAAUUAAAACUAUGAGUAAUAUUACAAAUAACUCUACAAAUCAAACUUCCCAACCUUCAUUAUCCCAACAUACUAUUGAUGAUAUUAUUGCACAUGUAAUUGAUGGUGGAAACCCUUUUACUGAAAUGCAAAGUACAUCAAAUCAAACAGCUUCCCCACAAAAUACGCAAUUUUCAGACACAUUAUUUUCCGGAACUUCCUUUGUACAACAUGAAUGA